AUGGUCAGACUGUCUUCGGACCCUCGAGUCAAGCCAUCAUCCCAUCACCUGAUCUACUUUACGGCCUCCCCUCCGUUAUUGCCAGCGUUCUUUCUUACGCCUUCUUUUGAAUGCCCACUUGUGACUCUGGUCACGAUCAUCGACAAUAUCGCGCCCCCGACUGGCCAGCGAGAAGGGGCUUAUGCAUUCUUAGCCGCCUUGUGCCUUGUUCAAGUCUAG